AUGUCCUCAAACAAGUUGUUCCCUUUGAAGAUCAAGACAGUUCAGGCUUCUUUGCUUACAAUCGAAGAUAAUUCAUGGAGAUGGCAUUACAUAUAUGGUCAUUUGAACUUUAAUGGUUUGAGAACACUUCACCAAAAUGAGAUGGUCACGGGCUUACCUGAAAUAACUCCUCCAUCAAAGGAAAAGUCAAAAGCAUUUGAUGCAUUCAAAAGCUUCAAAACCCUAGCUGAGAAUGAAACUGACAAGAAGAUUAAAACACUCAAAACAGAUCGAGGAGGGGAGUUUUGCUCCAAGGAGUUUGAUUUUUUAUGCAGAGAAAAAGGCAUCAAGAGACAUCUCACCACUGCUUACAUGCCACAGCAGAAUGGUGUAAGUAAGAGGAAGAAUUGA